GGAAAAAUUUGUAAUAGGAAUUUUACAGGAAUGUAAUAUCCAUGAGUCAAAGACCUUGCGUCCUAGGGGAGUUUCGGUAAGCUGUGCCAAGGCAUCUAGGGGCCUACACCAGCACACCGUAAACAUCACCAUAACACACCUCUCUUGAGAGGAUAAAUACCUGCCCAGGAUGGGCCUGGAAUGUUUACUAAGACCGUACAGUCUACAUCUAAUUCCUAGGAGGAAUCGCUGUCAAUUAUGUGAAGAUGCCCAAACUAUUAUUUUCAAAGAUUCGGAUCUAUGAAUUGAAGGAUAUACCGCAAAAAAGAACACAGAGAAGAAGGAUCGAUAUCCUUCUAAGCAGAAAAAGACAGAAAAAAGACAUCCAGUGUCUUCUGGCACAAAAGAUAAAUGAUGAGUCCUUUUCUACAAAAAUCAAUCCAGAGGACAAUAGAGGAAUCCAGCCAACUCUUGAGACCUUGUUGAAGGACGAAGGGUGCCUUGCAGCCUUCCGAGCCUUCCUGCGGUCCGAAUUCAGUGAGGAGAAUAUUGAAUUUUGGCUUGCAUGCAGAGACUACAGAAAGACCAUCUCACCGGCUGACCUGUUCUGGAAAGCAACAGAGAUCUACCAGGAGUUCCUCCACCCUCAGGCCCAGAGAGAGAUCAACGUUGACCACCACAUCCACGAGAAGAUCAAAAGGUCCAUGAAAGCCCCUGCUCUGUGCUGCUUUGACGAGGCAGUGAGACACGUGUACAAACUGAUGGAGAGCGACUCAUAUUCCAGGUUCCUCAGGUCAGAUGCCUACCUGGAGCUCGGACGCAAAGCCAGGACCUUCUGGUAGAGGUUAGGGGUCAAGAGUUUGUGAAUCAAGAUUCACCAAGUCCAAACAAGGAGGAUUCCAAACGAGUCAUGGAAACAUGAGACUUUAGAUCCUGAGGAUAGAACUGAAAGAUCCCCACAGGAAGUGACACAUAAUGACCACAGGAAAUGACUUAUGAGUUGGAGAAGAAGAAGAAAUGAGUAUAGAGUAUGGAGAAGCAUUGAGUGUUAGAGAUGAGUGAUGUGUGGUGAUGAGUAGUGUCAAUGAUUCAGAGUGCUAAACAGUACAUUUAUUCAAACAUCUAGACUGACUGAUGCAUCAAAAGUGGCGUUGGCGUAAAAAGAAAUGUGUGUAUAGGGAAUCGUUUUAGGUAAGAACAGAAGGUACAGAAUGUCUAAAUGGAAGGACUUACAUUACAAAUGAUUACAGAAAUGAGUUACGUAUGGUUACAGAAAUGAGUUACGUAUGGUUACAGAAAUUAGUUACGUAUGGUUACAGAAAGGAGUUACGUAUGGUUACAGAAAUGAGUUACGUAUGGUUACAGAAAUGAGUUACGUAUGGUUACAGAAAUGCAGCACUAAAAGGCUUUUAAGUAUUCCAUUCAAGUGUUAUUUGUUAUGGCAAAGACAAAAAUCUGUUUUUUCAUUUCAUGCUUAUUUGACACCCAUGAUAUGGAUCUGUCAGCAAUAUGAAACAUGAAUAACUGUUAUUCAUUUAACUCUUAAUACUAAUAUAGCAUGGAUGGACCCUGUCCGUUUAAAUAUACAGUAUACUUCCAUAAGUCAGGAUGUUGACGUUGUCAGAGUGAAGGGUUAUCUUUAAUUUGUCCUGUGACACUGAGUAAUCGCGUGGGGUCGGUGGGCAGGGCAAAUCGGAGAAAAUGAUUUUCCACAGCCUGCUGACUGUAAGUCUGUUGUGAUCACACGUCAGCUGUCUCAGCUAAUUGCCCAGAGCCAGCCCAGCGACUAUGUAUCGAAGCUGGAAAAAAUGUGCCCUGUCACCGUUGACCCCACUCUAUAGAUGGCUCUAUUUCUCAAAGUUGUCUCUUAAAAAGGUAAUCUGGAUGGCUCUAAGAAUAACUGUGAGUUUGACCCAGAACUCCCACCAGUGGAUUGGAGUCAGUGGAUGCUCUGAUGCAUGGCAAAUUGGCCUGAAUGUGUCCCCUUGUUAGGGAAGUAAUCUCAUCACCAAGGACCAACUGUUCUGUGAUGACUUUUAGCAUCAGCAUGGCGCACUAUGGACAAAUGUCUGGAGGCUAGCACAGCAUGAUCUUCAAUUGAGCAUUGCGCAAUAAUUAUGAGAAGAACUCAAUGUUAUUACUACAUACAAGGUUAUAAAUAGACCACAGGAAGAGUAGCUGCUGCUUCAGCAACAGCUAAUGGGGAUCCUAAUAAAAUACUAAAUACUUAA